CUGCAGCUGAAGGAAUCAACAUCUAUCACUCAUCCAGGAGACAUCAGAAGCACCAGAAGAAUAAACUACAGCUCUUGAGAAAAAAACAGAAACUAAUAUAAAGAAAAAUGUCUUGGAGUGAUCUCUUCUAUCCUGAAAAUCCCGAAAGAAGGGAGAAGCUUAUCCGCAAAAGUCAGGAGGUUCGGGAAUUGAUGAAAAACAAUUUCCGAGCCACCAAUCAACUCGGCGAGGCUCUGAACAAGUACUUGGGUUUGUCCUUCAGUCCGAUCGCCCUGAACGAGAAAGCUACCGUGAAGGAGAACUGUGACAUCAUCAUCGAACGCAUACGCGAGAUCCAGGCAGAAGUGGAGAAGAUUGACGACAAGCUGAAGGCGCAACUGGAACCGACGCUCUAUGAGAACCUGAAGAACAUGUCUCUGUCUGUCCCUGAGUUUCAACUAGUUGUAUCAGUUGUUCAUGCAGCUUGUGGUGUUGCAGCCGUUGCUUCUACUGCUGUGUAUGUUAUUAAACUAAUUAGCUGGCUAAUUAAAAAUAUAGACAUUCUCACAGACAUGAGAGAAGUAUUUCUCAAAAUUGGAGAUGCCGUCUUAGGCACUGUUGUGCUUGGGGUGUUUUUCGCAGGAAUUGAUAUGAUUGUUCAGGCCAUAAUAGGGAGCAUUGAGCGGCAUGCACUAGAGAGGGCCCUGGAAGAGUAUGACAAGGCUUUGGAAGAAUUCAGGCCAGCGUCUGAGAAAUAUCAGGAUCACAUAACCUAUGUCAGGAUUAGUCUUGAGAUAAGACAGAAUACAGUAAAUUCCACAAUCUAAUCCAUUUCCAGUUACACGAUACUGAAAAUGAAGAUGAAUGAGAGAUGAAAAUAUGAUGUUCAAAACAGAAAUCAUGAAUGUAUAUUAAAACAGGCAUGUACCAUAAACAAAAGAAAAAUACAUGUUUUCAUUCACCAUUUCACCUGUAAAGAUAUGCAUUUCAUGUAUGUAAAAUGAUGUUUUAGGUAUUUGUUACCUUGUGCAUUUAUACAUCUGUCUGUUACAGUCUAUCUCAAUUCACUGAA